AAAGCUGCCUGACAUCUGUGUGUAGGCCGCUGGUCCUACAUUUUGUUGCUCGUCCUCUUCUUCCUUUGUCUGUCAAAAGUUGACGGACCUCAACCGUUCCCUUGGUGACUAGCCCUCAAGUAUAAGGCGCAUGCUCGUUCGCAAUCUCCAUCUGACCACCCGCUCGUGCAAGACGGGAUUCUGUAAACCUCCUUUCGUGACUACAAAAAUAUAGAUACUAUCCGCACUGGUUGGAAUUCCAAAGCAGGCUAUAACGACAGGGGACUGAACAAGGGGUUUCUGAACCCUGGAGCAAGGCGGCAACUUGGCAUUCUGCGCUCCACAUUUUGUGAAAUUAUAUUUUGCCAAUCAGACAGCCCCUGUUUCAACAGUGGUGGACUUGUGAAAGUGAGACAAGCUUUGGCAUUGCAUUAGGUGAGGAGAACCAGGGCGAAAGGUCCGGUUCGACGAGGGCACACUCGCUGAAGGUUUGAGCGAGGCAAGCGCUGCGCUGACCACAGCAGCGGCUGCAUCGACCGCAGCAGCAGCGGCGCCACUGGGGAGCGGCAGAGGCAUGGGGCCUUUUGUGCGCAUCGAUCCGCGCGACGACUCGUCCGCAAUAAUGCGGGUCAUUCGCGAAGAGGACCCAGCCGUAUGGCGGCCGAAAGCGGAGGUGGGGAGUGUUGGAAGGCGGGGACCGGCAAGAGACGGGGCCGGAAUCGGGAAUGGCGCGGGCGAUGCGGCAAAUGCAGACGCAGAUGAUUUACUCAGGGAGGGACACGCCUGAAGUGCAGUUUAUCAAGAAGUUGGCGGAACGGAAAGAUGCAGCGUUGGCAGCUGCCAAAGACGGGGCAAUGCAGCGGUACAAGCAGGAUUAUGUGAUAAAUAUGUACAUGCCUGAGCUCGAUCCAACCGUCCGGAGAAGGUUCAAGGUUUCCGGCGGAAUCGUGCUCAACACGCUGGCCGACAAAGUUCUGAUGCCAUUAAUGGGGUGGGUGCGCAACUACCACGGGUAUGUGUUUUGCGACCGGAGGGAGGGCGCGUGCUUCGGGCCCAAGGACAGCAACGCAAUCGACAUGAUGCACGUCAACUUCAGCUACUUCUACCUGAUGGACGAUAAAAGAUACAAGCUCGGCGACUUGCUGACGGAAAAAGGCGCUCGUCUGGGGUGGACGUACGACAUUGGGGACAUGUGGCGCCACGAGCUCGAAGUCGAAGACAUUUUGAGCCCAGAGGAGUCAACGGGCGCCUGCGAGCUGCUGGAAGGCAGCGGGAGAUGUCCCCCGGAAGACGGUCACGGCAACGUCCGGUACAACAAGACGCUGCAGAUCCUGAAAAACAAGAAGCACCCGGAGUACCGCAAGAAGCUCGCCGAGUGCGGCGAGGCGUGCAACGUAACCGGCCGCUUCGACUUCACCGAGUUCAACCUAGCAGAACGGCAACAGGCGCUGAAAGAAGCGUUAGCAUCGACAGCUAGCACACAGUCCGGGUCGAAAAUGUACACUACGCAACUGGGGGGUUUCGGGGGCAACCUGGGGGACCUGCUUAGGGGGCGGGUGGGGAAGGGGCAGCGUGUCGUCGAAAAUUUGCAGGGUUUUUCCAACGGCCCCACCCUAACAGAGACCAUCUCCACGCGCGCGGACAAGAAGGACCUUUCGCUCUGCGCGAACUGUGGCAAGCCAGACGCGCAGAGCCGAUGCGGCCGCUGCCGAGUACUGCGCUACUGCUCCAAGGAGUGUCAAACUCUUCAUUGGAAGGAAGGGCGUCACAAGCUUGCGUGCGUCCCAAAAGGAUGAAGCGUUCAUUCGGCAUUAAUACGUUGGGGGUGACAUGCGAUGCGUGUUGCGGUAAUCGUGCUGAGAACAGGCCCAGGUUCAAACUUUCGAAAGGGGCGGCGUUGUUUCUGGCAGGCCUGUGCCUUACAGGCACGCAUUAUCGAACUUCAUCGUUGAGUCCCACGAACAUUUCCGGCGUAAGUGUUGCCCUAUAAGUAUAAAGGAGAGGCAUCUGAGGUAUUCAGCGGCGUGCAAAUCCG